AUGGCUCAGAAAUCCUUCACAUUUGACUACGUGUUUGAUCCAUUAACCACACAGGACUUGCUGUAUGCAGAUUGCGUUGCCCCUCUUGUUGACCGUUUUUUAGAGGGGUUCAACGCAACUGUCUUGGCUUAUGGACAGACUGGAUCAGGAAAAACAUACUCUAUGGGAAUCGGACUGGAUACCGUCGCCGCUGCAUCACCUGUAUCGUAUCAGGGUAUAGUCCCGCGAGCUAUUGCAUCGGUAUUUCAAAAAAUCCAAAGAUUGACUCAAAAUGGAACAAGUUCAAGCAAGGCCCAGCUGUUUGUAUCAUUUCUUGAAUUACACAAUGAGGAACUGGUGGAUUUGCUGAAUCCUCGGCCCAGGUCUGCUGUGGCUGCUAAUAUGGCACCAACAAUUCGUGAAGACGGAACUGGCCGUAUUAUGUGGUUAAAUACCAAAGAAGAAGUAGUCAAUUCGCCAGAUGAAUUAUUAAGUCUAUUACAGCGAGGAACUAUGUGCCGCACAACCGCAUCUACCGAUAUGAAUGCUUCAUCUUCUAGAUCACAUGCCAUAUUUACAAUGACACUCCGACAAGAAAAAUCAAGUGUUAUUGUUUCUAAAUUUCAUUUUGUCGAUUUAGCAGGCUCUGAACGACUUAAACGCACAAAUGCUGAAGGAGAGCGUAAAAAAGAAGGCAUUUCUAUUAAUCAAGGCUUACUUGCUCUUGGAAAUGUGAUAUCUGCAUUGGGUGAUGAAACUCGCAGAUCUAGCCAUGUUCCAUAUCGCGACUCUAAGCUCACUCGCAUGCUGCAAGACUCUUUAGGAGGAAACAGCCAAACCCUUAUGCUUGCUUGUAUCAGUCCCAGUGAUCUCAACUAUGCAGAAACAGUCAACACAUUGCAUUAUGCCAACCGUGCGCGCAACAUCAAAAAUCGGGUAUCCAUUAAUCAAGAA